ACCCGAUCCUCGCAUGAGUACUGUUCUCGUUGGCAAUGUCGAGUUACACAAUUGGCCCUCUCUCCCGGUUGGCUCUGAUUGAGAACCAAAUCCCUUCUUCCUGCUAAUUUGUCGACCUGGAAAAGCCCGCUGGGCCGAAGUCGCGCGUACGCUCGACUGGGUGCGGGCUGUUUUCUUUUCUUCUCUCUUUCUUUCCUACUUACUAUGACGGUUACCGGCAUGGCGACUCUCAUCAACAAAAACUCAGACCCGCCAAACAAAAAUGAGACUGCAAGUCAAUAUCUCACAGCCUCAAAGGCGUCUACUGUAGGUGUCUGGACGCCACUUCGUCGUGCUCAGCCGCCGCUGUCUUCGCUCCGACGUGCCCAUACCGUCACACAAUCCGGAAUUACAAAACGAGCAGACCGAAUCUUGGCGAACCGCACAAAAAAUGAUCAAUCGUCGCCAUUACUACGGACCCGAAGAAGCACAGAGGUUAUGCACCAACGUGCAAUGACCCAUGAGGGAAUUUCGAGCGGACGAGAAGGAAAACACUUUGCUGUAGCAAACGUGGGUAUCAAUGGAAAGCUUUAUCUCAGGCCCUUGAACGAAUCGCCCUCUCGAAGGCACCAUGCGCAACCCGUGAAUCUUUCUCCUCCCUCCCUCCGCCGCGCUAAUCUGCAGCCACCUAGGCCAAAUCUAGGACCUGAUCCCAGACAUAGUAUUUGGUCUUCAUCCCAGCUGUCCGAGCUCCGCCCCACGUAUCCCCGUGAAGAGUCGGUGGAGGCGGUAAGCGACGAGGAUGACCAGGAGCCUCGGCGGAGAAGAGCCUAUUCGUUCUCCACAAUAUCCGAAUACAGCCCGUCGAUUCCCACGGGAGAUGGUCAGGAAUUACGCAUUGUAAUCGACCGGUUUGACACCAAUGAGUCGAAAGACAGUCCGUCUAUCGACGCUUUGGAGGUUUCAAUUCCACACUAUCGGCUAGGUACACCACAAUUCAAUGCCGAAGGGUCCCCGGUAUUGCGGAGCUCUUUAUAUACGCACACCUCAGUGUCCGACAAUUUACAUCAGUCAAUAUUAUUGAACGAGAAUAAUGGCGAGAACAGGAUACCGUCAACGUACGACUCGCCGGGACUUGCACCGCCGCUUGGGACCGUUUCAGUAGCCAUGUCAUUAUUUUCCGGCGUAUCUCCGGCACCAGGCAAGCCGAGGUUUUCAAACUCCACCCAAAGGUCGGCCAUCUAUAACCUGCGUCAACCCAUCAAGCCGGAAGUCUUUGAUUUUCUUACUGAGGAUAUGAACGACCCGUCCGUGGUUAAGUACAUGCCAGGCGGUCGAGAUAUCAGUGCAGCUACCCCGGCCCGCAUUGUUGCUGAAGUCUCGUCGGAUUCCUUCAUGGAUUACGAGCUAGUGUCUGAUUUUUUCUUGACCUUCCGAUCCUACUUGUCGACGACGAAUCUUUUGGCUUUACUGCUCGCGCGAUUGGAAUGGGCUAUUAACCGAUUACAAGACGACGGGCGAAUCAUCCGAAUCCGCACGUUUGCUGCUUUGCGACAUUGGAUUCUCAAUUAUUUUGCCGACGACUUUGUCAGUAAUCGUGAUCUACGAGUUCAGUUUUGUGACCAGAUCAAUUUAAUGUAUACGGCUGUGAAUGCACGCGCUUCUGCGGGAAUAAGUGACAUUAAGAUUUUGGUUGAUUUAAAGCGAUGCUGGCAUGGGCGAUGUUCACUUCAUUGGGACUUCCCAUCUUUGAUUGGCCCUGACACUCCUGUCAUCCCUGGUGGUGUCUCUGGCAGUCGAGAUUUGAACAAAACUAGGCUCAGUGAUGUGAGCGCCCCCUACCCAGAGGCUGUCAUCGACCCAGAAAUGGAUUCUCCGUUGUCGGUACAGCGGUCCACCAAGGCCCAUGACAGUACCCCAGAGCACAAUCCCCAAAAGAUUCACGUGCGAAACGCCUCCUCGGGAACCUCACGUAGUGUUCCAGGCUCUACAAGUGAUCAAAGUGUCCAAGCACUCUCAUGUUCGUUUCCUGGAAAGCGGAUUUCGAUUUCUUUGGAAUCUACGACACCUCACCCGGUUGUUGUCCCGACUCGGUCAACGGUGAGCCCUCCAAACCCUCGUUCCCCUACUGCCAGUAGCGCUCGAAGGCACCCAGCCCAUGCCCACAAAAGAAGUGGUAGUUUUUCUGAUUCAAUACGCGACGAUCGCGCGCCCCUUUCUCAAGCCGUCAUUGAAGGCCAAGAACAAGAUUUGAUGCCCAGAAAUGGAGGUAGUAGCCUCAUUCGCGGAAACCUACUCCCACCUGGAGAAGCAUGUGUUGACACACGUGCUCCGCCUUCCCCGCCACUUCCACAUCCUUCGGAUGCUUUGCUAGAGCCUCAUGCGCGAAGUGCUUCAGAAGGGAACAUCAAACCUCUUAGUGCAAGCCCAGGUCUUAAAACCGUCAUUGGAUCGAUUCGCCGUGCAUUGCACAGUAGACCACUCGGCAUAAGUACUACAGCUUUUGGUGGACCGGUCAAUUCUCGUUUCCCCAGGGGCAAGACAGCUGCACUUCCAGUGAAUUUGGCUUUCAGAUCUGAUUUCUAUAAGGAUCGGAGAGCUUUUCCGAUUUCCAAGACCCCAUCAAGAGUAGACCACCUCUGUCAGCAGAGCAUGCAAGAGUAUCGUGAGGCACUUGGUCUUGAUGCUCCGCAACCACCACAUCCUUUAAUAAAUACAGAGCCUAGUAAGUCUGACGGCGAACCUUCUCAAUUGCAAGUUGCAAACUGGCACCGUCAGCGUCUUGCUAGUGAAAUGACAAUGGGUAGCAAAUCUAUCGUCAUUGUCGAUGAUACUGGGCUUGACCUUCCGAUGGUAUCGGGCGGUCUUGGCUGGUUGGAGGGAUAUGGGGAGAAUCGUCAUAGUAGAUCAUCUGCAACCCCGAAAAACGAUUCAUCUUCUCAACUCGAUGAAGUGACUGUUGCGGCCUCGGCAGAACUUUUCAAAAAAGAUAGAAACCUCAAUCCUCAAUGGUUUGACUCUCCCGUUCAGCGUUUUUUGGAAACGGCUUCGGUUCGAAAGACCGAUUCCAUUACUAGUCGACUUCGCAAAUACGCCUCCUUCCAUAGCGGCACCAGGAAUUCAACUCCUGAUGCCGUCAGUGAAAAUGGAAGUUCUGAAAAUGGUGCCGAGAAACCAUUGGCUCGUAUGCUACGAAGACGGCCCGGUGGUAAUUUGCGCAAGAUCCAAAACGUCCAUGACCUUGAGCCACACCUACGCCCGCAGUCUUUUGCGACAGAUACUUCUUUGACGGAGUCAGUUGCGUCUUCAGCGCGACAUUAUUUUCGAAGAACCUUUUCUCGCCCCUCGCAAGUGAGGGCUUUGUCAACCCCGCCUCGUUUCGACCUGAUCAAUACCAAUUCAGCCCAAAACUUACGUCCUUCAUUCGAAGCUGCAAUCGCGGAGUUCUCGCGAAUUCCAGAUGACAUUGAUGGAGGCGUUGAAUCCACUCUACUGAAAUUGGAAGGAAAAUGGCCUCUGCCAACUGGUUCUGGUAGUCGCUCUGGCGUAAAACGACCCAUCGAGUCUCGGGAGCAGAAUAGCCAAGCAGUCUCUAACAUUCCCCCGAGAGGACUCGUCAAUCAUAAUGCGGUAUAUCAAACGGCAGACCCAAAAGUUGCUGCGGCAGAGACUCCACAGAAUUUAAUAUCUCAGCUGUACAGCGAAUCGGUCAUGUCAGAGUUUUCGGACAGCUCUAUUCCUCUUCUUGAAAGAGGGUUGAGUGAUGAAUCAAUGAAAAAACCGCCAUCACAACCACCUGAUACUUCUCGACCUCCUAAUGAAAGAAGUGAAGAUAAUACGAAGUGCGAGUCGUCACAUCCCUCUUUUCAGAUUAUCGACGAUACAGAGAGUCUCCGACAAUUUUCCAGGGGCUUGGACUUGCCGCAGAGAUUUUCUACAGAAGAAAGUGUUAGGGACUAUCACUCAGAUCUUUCGUCUGAAGUUUCGGUGGAUGUGAUCGACAGAAAUGAAGCGAUGCACAAUUCCAACAGCACUGGUUACUCUCUACCAGAAUCUUCACUUGAAAUCCCUUUCCAUCCUCUUGCACACCCCCCAUCUCCCCCAAUAACGAUCCAACAUACGACAUCAGCACCUUCUUAUCCAAAACCGGAAACGCCCGUAGCCUCACAGCCACCUCUAACCCCCGGUGCUUCGCCCACACGGAGAACAGAAGCUUCACGAACUAUCCCUGCUUUUAGUGAUGCAGGUCAUUCUGACACUGGCCACGUUGGGCUUCGCCUUCAAAUUCCACAAGUGGCAAAUCAUAUUCCAUUCGUCUUGGCGUACAAUUCGCAAGUGCUGGCCCAACAAUUUACAGUGGUAGAAAAGUCGGCUUUAGACGAGGUUGAUUGGAAGGAUCUUGUCGAAAUGAAAUGGAACAAUAAUUCCUCCGCGGCAGUCAAUUGGGUUCAGUUUCUGGCUGAACAGGAACGCAAAGGUAUCGAUCUGGUAGUAGGCCGUUUUAACCUCAUGGUAAAGUGGAUCCUAUCGGAAAUUGUUCUCACUCAGAAUAUCGAAGAACGAGCUCAAACGAUCUCGAAGUUCAUCCAUAUUGCAGCCCAUGCCAGAUGGAUGUGCAACUAUUCUACUAUGUUACAAAUCGCCAUUGCUUUGUCAUCUGUGGAUUGUACACGGCUGCAAAAGACAUGGGCGCUUGUUAAGCCGGCAGAUAAACAUCUUCUCCAAGGCAUGGAGAUAUUGAUACAACCUGUCCGCAAUUUUCAUGAACUCCGUGUCGAGAUGGAAACAGCGAAUCUACAGAAUGGCUGUAUACCUUUUGUUGGACUGUAUGUCCAUGACCUCACAUACAACGCCCAGAAACCAUCACAGAUAGUCGGAACACGCGAAGGAGAUGCGCUUGUAAACUUUGAACGCUAUCGAACUGCGGCCCGGAUUGUGAAAUGCCUCCUCCGUUUGAUUGAUGCGAGUGAUAAGUACAAUCUGGAGCCAGUUCCUGGCAUUGUUGAACGGUGUCUCUGGGUUGCUUCUCUUCCGGAGGAACAGAUUCAAGCUCUUAGCAGCAGCCUUGAAUGAUAUUUCUUCUUUUUUGUGUCUUGCGCAUAUCCAUUUAGAUACCUCUUGCAUUUUCCUUGUCAUUCUUACAUCAUCGGGAGCGGUUUGCUUGUGUCUGUUUGCAUUUACACCCAUAUUGCACAUUAUCCAGUCAUUUCUCCACAUACAGUCUUGAAAUAUUUCUCUACUGUCCAUCCUUUACAUGCAUUCUAUAUCCCGCACCGGUCACUGUCGCAUCUACGCUUUAUAUCGUGUCUUCUACAAGUGCAUAUAACGAGUCUUGAAUAUUCCAAGGCCCUUACAUAUUAUCAAUCAAGCAAACAUUGAGCCUUACAAGUGUACAUUAAUUGU